UCAUCCGUUCAUUCAUUUCCUGUCAAGGGUAAGCCCUAUCCUCCCUAUCCGGCUAUUGUAUUCAUAGUGAAUCGCCGUCCCUCUCACUUAUCGCGGCCGGAGUAAUCGCCGUCUCCCUCUCACACAUCUCGCUGAUUCUUCGUCCGCCCAUUUUCAUAUCCGUCAUUUGGCAUCCUGUCCUCCUCUAUCUCCUCUUCUCCGUCAUCAGUCAAUUAUCGUCUCUCGAGUCUCAAUCGCACCUUCACCUCCUUAACCCUUCACACAACAGCACAAGUUCACAAGGAACAGGUAAUUUUCAAUUUAACUUCAAAAAACCCAGAGAAUUUAAUAGAGGCCGAGCCAUUUUUUUGAGGAUGUAGUAAAGAGAAUGUGAUUAGGGGUGAGCAAUUUAACCGAACCGACCGAUUAACCGAAACAAUUUAACCGAACUGACCGCAAUUUUAAAUUCGGUGUCGUUCUCUGUUUCUCGUCUUCUUGGUCCUCACCAAUCGGCAAUCACCAUCUCCCAUUCUCCCAUUCACGCCAAGAUCUAAUCGGCAAUCACCAUCUCCGUUCCAAUCGGCAAUCACCACUCACCAGGUUUGUUCAUUCUUUUUUGUUGCUAAUUAUUAUCCUUUUAGAUGCAUUACUAGCCAAGGGCCAUGGCCGACGAUUAUCAGAGCUUGUUGCCGCAUCAUCCCCAUUCACAAGCAGUAGCAGCAACAAUCCCAGGGAGCUGUUAAUAUUAUAGUCUUUGUUAGAUGGUGAUUGAUUUAAGUGUGUAAUUUGAGCAAAAAAACCCAAUUCCCAACACUCCCACUUUGGAGUAAUUGAAUAAAGUUGUAAUUUCAGCAAAAAAUUUCUUUGUUCUCAUUAAAUUUAUUUCUUAAAUUAAGUGUUUUGACAAAUUUUUUUGUUAAAUUAAGUGUGUAAAUUAAGUGUGUAAUUUCUUUGUUAAAUUAAGUGUGUAAAUUAAAUGUUUUUUCAACUUUCUUUGUUAAAUUAAGUGUGUAAUUUUUGAGAAAUGCUCCAUAUAUGCAGUGGGCAGUAGGUUCAUGGAUUGAAAAAUUCGGUUUUAUCUAACCGACCGAACCCGAUCGGUUUUUACUCGGUUCGGUUUGUUCGGUUCUCACUUUUAUUCGGUUCGGUCGGUUAUUAUGAGUAUUUUUAAUUUUCGGUUUUUUCGGUUUUGGGCCGAAACCAACCGAACCGAACCGAUGCUCACCCCUAAAUGUGAUAGAGCCACUGCCAACCUUUUCUUUGGUAUGUAAAAUUUUCCUUUAUUUAGAUAGAAUGAAUUGUAUAGAUGUUCAAAAUAAACAUGGUUCCUCAUCAAUUUUUCUUGAAGCUUUAGCUUGGUCUCCUUGUUCUAUUUGUUUUAAACACCCUCUCAUGCCUCUCUCGUUUUUGUAUAAACAUUUAUUCAUUAAUUUAUUUUACAAAAAUGGAGUACACUAAUUUUAUUUAGCUAGCUCUAAAUAAUUGGUGUCCAUUGUUAAAUGUGUUGAGAUUUCAUGCUACAGGUUUGAGACUUUGAGUUUGAGAGACAUUCUAGUUUAUUCUGUUUAUCAAAAAUAACUAUGAUUAGUUUGUGUGGUGUCUUUUUUCAAUCAUUGUUCUUCUUGCUAAAGCCAGUGAACCACCAAAUACUCCAUUUUUUCGCCCAGUUAUCAGGUUUUUAACUCUUUUUUUUUGCCCAGUGUUUGAAGCAUGAAGCGAUUCGGUCCAAUCGGUCUAUAUCGAUUCAUGUUUUUGUAAGAAUGUACAGAUGCACACCCUAGGUUACAUUUGGCAAUGUGUAAACUGGUAUUCAAGGAUUAAGAUUUUAUUGACAUGGUUAUUUAUGUGGUAUUGUGAAUAUCUAUGAUCAAUUCAUUUCGAUUUGAUUUCAGCUUUCUAGCACAUUCUUAAUUCUGCAAUUGACAGGUUGAUGUUUGUCAUGCAUAUCAAAUCUUGAUAAAAGGUGGACUUAAAGAGGAGAAUGUCAUUGUUUUCAUGUAUGAUGACAUUGCUUUCAAUAAAGAAAACCCAAGGCCCAGAGUUAUCAUCAAUAACUCACAUGGUGAUAAUGUUUAUAAAGGAGUUCCAAAGGAUAACACGGGGGAAAAUGUUACGGUGAACAACUUCUUUGAUGUCAUCCUCGGGAACAAAGACGCUUUAACCGGAGGAAGUGGGAAGGUUGUACAUAGUGGUCCAAAUGAACAUAUCUUCAUAUACUACUCUAAUCAUGGCAGACUUGGAGUGCUAGGUUUGUAGCUUUAUCCUCUUGUCCCAAUUUUUUCAUAGUAACUAGAUUUGAUGAUACCAACUGUNCAUGAUUAGAGUAGUAUAUGAAGAUAUGUUCAUUUGGACCACUAUGUACAACCUUCCCACUUCCUCCGGUUAAAGCGUCUUUGUUCCCGAGGAUGACAUCAAAGAAGUUGUUCACCGUAACAUUUUCCCCCGUGUUAUCCUGUCAAAUGAAAACCCCUCUUGUCAAGGGAUAAUGUCUUACUCUAUAUACUGAAUACUCUUUGAAAUUGAAAAGAGAACAACCUUUGAGUUUUCUUUAUUGAAAGCAAUGUCAUCAUACAUGAAAACAAUGACAUUCUCGUCUUUUAAGUCCACCUUUUAUCAAGAUUUGAUAUGCAUGACAAACAUCAGCCUGUCAAUUGCAGAAUUGAGAAUGUGCCAGAAAGCUGAAAUCAAAUCGAAAUGAAUUGAUCAUAGAUAUUCACAAUACCACAUAAAUAACCAUGUCAAUAAAAUCUUAAUCCUUGAAUACCAGUUUACACAUUGCCAAACGUAACCUAGGGUGUGCAUAUGUGCAUUCUUACAAAAACAUGAAUCUAACUUCAUCCAACUAGGGGUUUUCAUCGGUCCAAUACCGGACCGAACCGGACCACAGCAGCAAGGGACAACGAGAAUAGUAAUGGAACUUACUGUCUUCGAAAAUAUGGAACUUAUUUAGGAGGACAGAUAUGCAUAUCUAAAUUGACAAACAUGCUUUUUCUCCAACACAUCAAACAGGUACGCAUAUCAUUACCAUGCCCUUAUAAGUCCCUAAAGCAUGCUUCUUCUUCAACACAUCAAUUAGGUCAUUCGCAUACAUGUUUGGAAAGGUAGGCAUAUCUAAAUUGACAAACAAACAGUUGGUAUCAUCAAAUCUAGUUACUAUAAAAAAAUUGGAACAAGAGGAUAAAGCUACAAACCUAGCACUCCAAGUCCGUCAUGAUCAGAGUAGUAUUUGAAGAUAUGAUCAUUUGGACCACAAAUUGAACUUGUUCAUUUUUGGCACAAGGUUUGUCCCAGAUAGUCUUUCCUUGAAUAAAUGUAAGAUUAAGUGUUUAUUUUUACCUUCAUCUUACUUUACCUUCCCUACAUGUUUUUACAGUAUAGCCAUGAAGCUUAAGGCUCUGUAAGAAAGGCGCUGAAGCACAAAUGCAGCUCAUUAAAGCAAUGUCUCACAGAAUGUAUUUAGAUCAAAAAGCAUAAAACUUGUUGGCAAGCUCUUAUUCGGUAUUGAAAAAGGCCCAUAGGUGUUAAAAGCCAUUCGACCAGCUGGGCAACCUCUUGUUGAUGAUUGGGACUGCCUCAAGAAAAUGUUAUUUAAUGCUAUCAAUGUUGAACCCCCCCUCUCCUCUCUCUUUCUCAUAUUAUAUUAUGUUAAUAAAUGUAGGUAAGGAUAUUUGAGGCACAUUGUGGGUCCUUGUCCCAAUACGGCAUGAAACGUAUUGGAUCCCUUGCAAGCAGAUGCAAUGCUAGAGUUCAGAUAGAGCAAUGAACAAAGCAUCAGCUCAAGCUUGCAGUGUUGUCCCUUCUGGUCCUUAGAGCUCUCUCUUCAUCGAUGAUUUUUUGCAUGAAGCUGCUGCUAAGCCUUGAUGCUUGCUAGAUGAUCUUACACAAGGGCAAUACGAGGUCACGGAAAAUAAGACAUCAAAGUAAAACAUUCGAUGCAUUAAGUUUUUCAUCAGUAAAUAAUGAUAUUACCCUUGACUUGUUUUUAUCUGUUUAUUACCCAACAUAAUAUCUGUUUUUGUUUCAAUUUUUUUUAAUCUUUUUUUAACCAGUAAUUAUCAGCAUCAAGCUGAAAUGAAGGAUUUCAGCCAAAAUCCAAAUAGAAGAGGAAACUGCUUUUGAACUAAAUACACCAACAAAUUUUCUGUGUGGUCACCUAAAUUUCAGUGUUGCUUACCAGCCUGGAGCCAUGCUUAAAUUCGUUUAAAUUAUUUAUACAUAGUAUAAAAAUGAUGUUGGGCAUUUAUUUAAAAAACCGACUUAUUGUAGAGACAAGAAAUGAUAAAAUGUGAA